UCCGUCCUUCCCUGUACUCCUUUCUCCGUUUUUGGCAUUUUCAGUUAUCAGCAAGGAGGUUCAGCAGAGAACGUAGUUCACUGCGAGACGAAAGGAAAAAGAGAAGCAAUUACUGGAAGAACAUAAUGGUGGCUUUUGGCGGGAAAAAGUUGCGCCAAAUGGUUUCAGGCUUCGGUGGUAACGGUCUCGGCCAGGUCCUCGCUGCUGUGGCAGUGACCGUCCUUGUCCGCCUCUUCUCUGGUCCCGGUCCCGUGUUGCCCCCAGAAACCGAUAAUGAGGACCAGGGAGAUGGGGCGAAUGAUGAUAUUGAUGAAGGGGAGAGCGAAGGUCCGGUUUCGGGCAAAGUUUUUCCGGUCACAAUCCGGUGGAGCGACAUCACCUGCUCUCUUUCUGAUAAAUCCUCCAAGUCUGUGAGAUUUUUGCUCAAAAAUGUGAGCGGAGAAGCGAAGCCUGGAAGAUUAUUAGCUAUAAUGGGCCCGUCGGGUUCUGGAAAAACUACAUUGCUCAAUGUUCUUGCGGGUCAGCUAGCAGCAUCUCCCCGGCUGCAUCUGUCAGGCCUUUUGGAGUUCAAUGGCAGGCCUAGUUCAAAGAGAAGUUAUAAGUUUGCUUAUGUGAGACAGGAGGAUCUGUUUUUCUCGCAGCUCACAGUGCGAGAAACAUUGUCGCUUGCUACAGAGCUCCAGCUGCCUGGCAUAUCUUCCGCGGAAGAGAGGGAUGAAUAUGUGAAAAAUCUCUUGUUCAAGCUAGGAUUGGUCAGCUGCGCUGAUACCAUUGUCGGUGAUGCCAAAGUUCGGGGAAUUAGUGGUGGUGAAAAGAAACGCUUAUCUUUGGCGUGUGAGCUUCUUGCAAGCCCGUCUGUUAUAUUUGCUGAUGAACCAACUACCGGACUUGAUGCCUUUCAGGCUGAGAAAGUGGUGGAAACUCUCCAACACCUUGCACAAGAUGGUCAUACAGUAAUUUGUUCUAUUCAUCAGCCAAGAGGUUCAGUGUAUAACAAAUUUGAUGACAUCGUCUUGCUAACUGAGGGUUCACUUGUUUAUGCUGGCCCUGCGCGUGAUGAACCAUUGGCAUACUUCUCAAAACUUGGGUACCAUUGCCCUGAUCAUGUGAAUCCUGCUGAAUUUUUGGCUGAUCUUAUAUCCAUUGACUACAGUUCUACUGAAAGUGUUUAUUCCUCUCAGAAGAGAAUUGAUAGUCUUGUUGAGUCAUUUUCUGAAAGACUUUCUACGAUAAUAUAUGCAACUCCAAUUACCAAAGAAGUGCUUCACAAAAAUGGAAAGAGAAUUGGGAUGAGAACUGUAGCUAAGAAGAAAGGAGGUUGGUGGAAACAGUUCUGGUUGCUCCUCAGGCGAGCAUGGAUGCAGGCUUCCCGUGAUGGACCAACAAACAAAGUUCGAGCAAGGAUGUCAAUUGCCUCAGCUGUUAUUUUUGGUUCGGUUUUCUGGAGAAUGGGGAGAUCUCAGACUUCAAUACAAGACAGAAUGGGAUUGCUUCAGGUUGCUGCAAUAAACACAGCUAUGGCUGCUCUUACAAAGACUGUUGGGGUGUUUCCAAAGGAGCGGACAAUUGUAGAUAGAGAACGUGCAAAAGGCUCCUAUUCAUUGGGUCCUUAUCUGUUUUCAAAAUUGCUCGCUGAGAUUCCUAUUGGAGCAGCUUUUCCACUGAUGUUUGGUGCUGUUUUGUACCCUAUGGCGCGUCUCCAUCCUACAUUACUGAGAUUUGGGAAAUUCUGUGGCAUAGUCACUGUGGAAUCUUUUGCUGCAUCUGCGAUGGGUCUUACUGUUGGAGCAAUGGUUCCAACCACUGAAGCAGCCAUGGCAGUUGGCCCCUCUCUUAUGACUGUUUUUAUUGUAUUUGGAGGCUAUUAUGUCAAUCCUGAAAAUACUCCAAUCAUCUUCCGCUGGAUUCCUCGCAUUUCGCUCAUUCGAUGGGCUUUUCAGGGACUCUGCAUCAAUGAAUUUAGUGGUCUUCAAUUUGAACAUCAUAAUCCAUUUGAUAUUCAAACGGGAGAACAGGCACUGGAGCGCAUAUCCUUUGGAGGAAGCAAAAUUAGGGAUACAGUGGUCGCACAAAGCAAGAUACUCUUAUUUUGGUACUGCACCACCUACCUUCUCCUUGAGAAGAACAAGCCUAAGUACCAGCAACUUGAGCCAUCUGCACUCGACCACGACAAAUCACACUCAAAACUUGAGGAGCUUAAUCCUGAACAAGAAGGUCAUCCACUUGAAAAUCAACCAGUGAAGCAGGUUGAUUCAAAUCAACCUGAUCCUGUUGGACCUUUCAUCUUAGAAGGUGCUGAGUAAGUAAAGAGGGAGAUCUUUGCAAAGGAUGACCUUCUCAGUCCUGACUUUACAAGCCAAUAAGCUCUUUGUUUCCUUAUAGAACAGGGCCUUGAUCAUGAUGUGAUUAGGUACACCCUUCGCAGAUUAGAAAUGCCAUUGGGGACAACAUUCGAUGUGAUGAAUGUAUAGUGGAUCUACUUAGGAUGUGUUGAAUAUAGCAGCAAGUUGUCAUAGGUGUAAAACAUAGCGUUUUGUUGCUGUGCUGCGGUUUCAAGUUUCAACGGCAAAUUUGAACAAAUCUGCAUGGUUCCGAUUC